CUCCAUGUUAGCAGAUGGGACACAGACCAAACUAAAAACUCAAAGUACGCCUCAAAUAAAUGUUUCCCGUUCCCUGUUGUAUGUUCAGUUGUUCAUUUUUCUGAUGAGUUUGGUUUUAAUUAGUUACUGGAUACUAUAAAAAGGGGAUUUGACAUCAGGAUUGACAGCUAUGUGUGCCAAUCGGUAUGCUCGCGCUCAAUGGCACUGCUAGAGUGGGUUGUAAGGGUGCUUGGGUGAGAACUGGACACCGCGGAGAUCACUACUGCACAAACUCAGGCUCCAAAUGACGUCAUCAGGGCAAGAUGGCGGCGGCCAUAUCCAGGAAGUUGGUACGUAGGUUGGUUGGUUCUGAACAUAGGGGCCUUGUUGCUCCUACCUCAUUUGUUGAAGAGGGUGUAGGAUAGUGGAUGACAUCAUACAGCUCUUUAUACCGUGGACUCCACUUAUUCAGGUAGGUAUGUCCUGAUUGACCUGCUACAUUUAUAGAAAUUUCAGUGGGCAAUGACUGGAGUGCUUAUGAUUGAAGGAGAGUAUUACCCAUAGAGUCCAGGAGGGCUACACCUGUGCUAACGGAACUAGGGUUACAAUAUAACCUUUGUUUUUCGGGUUAUUUGCAUUGUGACGUAAUGGGAUGACUUGAAAAACAUAGUGUAAUGGUACAACAGAGUUUAGUGGCCUGUGAAAAUCAUCAGUGGUGGUGGGAAAAGUACUUUGAACCCCUGCGUAAAACUCAACUUGCCACAAUAAAAUGAUGUGAAUGAAAGCCCUCGUGUCACCACAUGAUUUGCUUUAACACUUCAUCUGUAAAAUAUUCACUUAUUCCUCAUAAAUGUUGAUCAUUUCCUUACUAACUUACUACUAAAAUAUGUCAUUUAGGGUGUGAUAUUGCACAACAUUUAAAGCAGCCACAUUGGUAAAUUCGUAAAGGUCGCAGUGACUACAGUUCCUGAGUUGUGUCACCACAGUCAUUUAUUUCCUGUUACAUUUUUAACUUGCCCUACAAAAACUCCCUUCACACAGAUAAAGAGCAGAGGGACAAACUGAUGUGGCGUGUGCUUGAGUGCAGUACUCAGUAAAGCUCCCGGCAACAUUGCUUUUCUCAUCUGGCAGACAUGAACAACACUACGGACUAUGGACAAGAGCCAGAGCUGGCCUAUGCUCUGGUCUUUGGCUCUAUCUUGGUAAUAGGUCUGCCUCUCAAUGCUUUCUCCCUGUGGACUCUGCUAAGACACCACAGCCUCAAAUCCCCCAGUGCCAUCUACAUGGUCAACCUGGCCAUCUCUGAUCUGCUGCUCGUCAUCUCCCUCCCCAUGAGGGUCUACUUUUACGCCACAGGCACCUGGCCUCUGGGCAAAGAGGCAUGUAUCGGGAUCACAAUGCUCUUUCUUGACAACAUCCGCUCUAGUGCCAUCUUCAUCACCCUCAUCAGCAUGGACCGACUGCUGGCUGUGGUUUAUCCUCUGAGGUCACGGCAUCUUCGAACCGUUUGCAACACCUGGAAAGCUGUUGUGCUCGUCUGGCUGUUUGUGGGGGUGCUGAACAUCACAGAGAGAGUGUACCUUUCAACAAUCUUAAAAGGCUUCGAUGGAGCCAGCUGUUUUGAAUUUCCUGAUCAUCAUACUCAUAGAUCACCAAUGGCUUAUUUAGAGUCUGCAUUAGGGCUCACCUUGCUGGCAGUCAAUAUUGUGUGCACCACUUCGGUUUCUUGGACUCUACACAAACAUCUCAGUGACUUUGCAAGGGUCAACAGCAAGGUGAAUGUCAUGCUACUUUUUGUCAUGAGCUUGGUUAUAUUCGCUGUAUGUUUCUUGCCUCCGUCGAUUGCUUUAUUAUUUAUGGGGAGACCUUUGACUACGCCUUACAUAUGUCUGGCUAGUGCGAACUGCUGUAUGGAUCCACUGUUGUAUUACUUUUCUCUGGAUGCCUUCUGGAAGAAAAAAGAGGAUGCAGAUCUUGCAAUGGAACCAUAGACAAGGACAUGCUAUUUUCAUGGGAAGACCUAAUAGCUUCUUGGAUGCUCAUUUGACUUUGUGAGUUUGAUGGUACGAUGGAUUUUAUGUAUAAAAAAUCUCUUUAAUAAAAUGUUUUUGAUAUCUAGUAAAAGAUGGAGAAAAGUGUUAUGAUAUAGUCUAAUGUCUAAUGUACAGCUAUCACAUUUAAUUCAUGCUUAGAGUCUGUAACAUCACAGAUUCAUGCCCAGAAAGACAGAGGGCAGUUUAGGAGAAAUUGUGACCUUUUCUGGCAUUUUGUAAAAACAUUUAUUUGCUUUGUUGCUGAUAGUUAGAUAAGAAGACUGAUACCACUCACAUGUCUGUAUGGCAAUAUGAAUCUAGAGCCAGAGAUGUUUAGUUUAGCUUUAAGACUGGAAACAGAUAGCCAGCUGGCUCUGUUCGAAGGUAAAUCCUAAGUUUAAAAAUGAUACAAAUAGUUUAGCAUUUGAGAAAAUGUGCUUAUUUGCUUUUGUGCUCAAAAUGAGAUGGAUAGACGGAUAAACUCUCUGACCAGAUUAAAAUGCAAAAUCUACUUGGAAUGCAACAUUUUCUUUUGUUUUCACACACAUACACAUAAAACAUGUGUUUAUAGGUAAA